GUGUGGUUUACACCCUGUGAACCGUAUUGCGAUAUACCUAAUUAUACCGCUUUAUCGGCUCCCAAACUCUGCAUCGUUACAAGCUUAGUUGGAUCAAGCGUGGGGUGUUACGAAUUCCUCUCUUGGCCAAUCUGAAUUCAAUCCACAGCAUGGACGGCCUAUUAACUCCUGUGGCCACGCUUCACACAAACGAAAAGGUCAAAGGGACUGGGCUUCAGGUGCUACAGGAAUCGAGCUCUCGCCAUCAGCAUGAGAGUGAGACGAAGCCCAAACCAAAAUCCCAUAAACACCCACCUAACUCGCCUGAAGAUGCCCUCGAGACUCUUCGGAAUGAGCCCGACUACGAGUCGCUCAUCUCAACUCUGCGCUUCUUAGCCCACGGCCCGCCCCAGGAUCCAGCCCUCUUCGGCAUCAAGAUGCCUGGCCCCCUGAGCGCCCAACUAGUCCAGGUACUGGUGUCUGAGAUCGUGCCCAACUACUGGACUCUGUUGCAACAAGAUUUCAAUGGAAGCCGAGGCUCUGGCACAGAGCUGUUGCUGGCCUGUCUCCGUAGCAUCACCGGCAUUAAUGCCAUUCUCGUCCGUCUCAGGGCUCUGACACAGGAAGCCAAGUCCGAAGUUGGCAGCAAGGCGAAGCGGCCCGACCUCUCGGUGAACCUGGGCAUCCUCCUCAGCCUUCUCUGCCAUGUCCUCCAGGGCGACAACCGUGUGCGCGAGAUCUGGCAGGCUACAACAUCGGGCUUAGACCCUCGCGCGAGAGCCAGGCCGCUGUCGCAGGAGUUGCUCUCAAUAUUCGGUGGUGGGCGAAUCGUCGGCCUUACCGCUGAAGCUACAACUUUUGUCGACACGGCCAAAGUUCAAGGCUCGGGCGAUGAUGAUGUUUGGCCUGCGGAUGCGGUAAAAUACACAAAGUGGCUAGGCCAAAACAUCGUGGCAUGGCAACAAUCUGGACCGAGCCAAGAUGAGUCAAAAUUCUGUUCAGACCUGUUUGCCAAAGCGCUGCGGCUAGGUCACUUCGUAGAUGUGCUUGUCAAAUAUGUCUUGUCAAACUUGCUUCUGACAAAAGGAGUCAACCAUGGCCGGUUCGGUCUUUUACUGGCAGACUUACCACAGAUGGAGCAGCGCAAGGUCAUGUCCUCGGUCCUCAAGGUCUUCUCUAACUCGUACGCGAACCGCCUAGGACGCUGUGAAUCAGAUAAUAGUGCAGCAGUGAUAUCUGCUGUGACUGGAGCCCUCAGUUCAAUCGUAGCCCCGGACAGUAACGGGAGAAGCCACCUGGUAGAGUGGCUAACAAGCUCUUCCGGGGCCGGCCUCGGUGAGGGCAUCGCUAUCCGCCGUGCUGUCCUGGCAGUUAUUUCUCAGGACAAAGAUAGUAUCGUGGAUGUGUUAGAGAAAAGCAUCAACCAGUUUGGGGACCAGCUGUAUAUCAAGCACUCCCCGAUACUUCAGCAAGAAGCUCACGUACAAGUACUGCUCUUAAGCGCCGGCUACGUUCACAGAAAGUCGCCCAUCAAGCUCGCUAUCAUGGUGCGAUCCGGUGUAUGGCUGAACGCCAUCUCCAACAGGCUAGCAACAUCUCACCAAAGAGCUCGGUUUCUGGGCAUGGUGGUUGGCGAAGCUAUAUCUGGUCUUGUGGACAAGGGCGAUAAGAGGCUUGAUUUCCAUGUGGAGGAGACUGGUCAAGCUGAAGGUAAAUGGUACAAAGAGCUUGUCAAUAUCUCGGACCAGAUCGGCAAUAUGGAUCCUCUGCUUGUGACGCAAGAGACAUCCGUGGUCCCCAAAAAAAGUAUCCAAAAAAAACCUACAACUAAAACUACAACCACAGCAACUCCAAGGGCGGCGGCAAAGCCUCCACAGCAAGGUUUUAUCAUCGAAGAGCUCGGUGACGAGGAGAUGGACGAAGACGUCGUUGCAUAUGCAAAACCAGACUCGGACGCCGAAGACUCAGACGAUGACGCAACAUUGGUUAGACGUGACAAACCAAAAGCACCCGUCUACAUCAGGAAUCUGAUCUCAUAUUUCCGAGAUACGGAGAGUUACGACCACCAAAAGUUGGCUCUGAUGACAGCCCCGACACUGAUCCGGCGCAAGGCAAACUUCGGAACCGAGGUUGCAGAGCACGCCGAAGAACUUGCAUCGUUGCUAGUGGGAUUACAGGACAAGUUUGAGAUCGACAACUUUGACGGUCUCAGGGUUCAGGGGAUGAUGGCCCUAGUCGUUGCUCGGCCUGAGCUCAUGGGACAGUGGUUCUCAAAGACGUUCUUCGAUGGCGACUACUCCAUAUCCCAGAGGGCCUCGAUUCUUGCUGUCCUGGGCCUGGGCGCCCGCGAGCUGGCGGGCUUCGAGGCGUCCGAGUACACUGCCGCAGUAUCCUUCCCAUCCAAGACACUGCCCGAACGAGUCGAGAGGCUCUUCAUCAGCGGGGGGCCAUCAAAUAGCUACACAAGUCCAUCUAGCUCAUCCACUCUAAAGCCUCUUCCGGCCAACGCCGUAGAGAAGGUCGCGAAAUCGCUUAUCUCACAAUUUCUGGCACCGAUGGCCGCAACCGCCGCCGACGCGGCCACCGGCCCGGACGUGCUCAAACUGUCCACAUUCACGUCACAGCUAGAGAACAGCAGCGACAAGAACCCUAAAAUCAAAAUCAAGUCGCGCACCCGGCCCCGUGUCCGCGCCAUCCCCAACACCACGGCCCAGCUCAUCUCGACGUCCUUCUUCUCGCCGCUGGCGGCGCGCUUCCAGGCCGCGCUGCACGCGCCGUCGUCGCGGACCCGCGGCAUCGUCUUCCACCCGUACUUGCUCGCGCUCUACCUCAAGACGCUCGCGCUGCUGCUGCACGCGGCCGGCCCCAGCACGCUCGCGCUGCCGCAGAUGACGGCCGAGCUGUGGCGCCUGCUGCUGAGCACGAGCGUCCGCGCCCACGCCGUCGGCGACCUCGCCCUCACACACGCCGUGCUGUUCGGCCUGCUCGCGCUACUCGACGUCAACGAGAACCGCAUGCGCGACGUCUGCCAGGAGCUCGGCAGCGAGGUCGUCGAGACGCAGGAGUGGGUCGCCGGCGUGUUCACUGGGGUCAGGGGCGGCGAUGCCGGCGACGGCGCCGGAGAGGAGGAGCAAGUCAAGAUGCUCGCCGCGGGCGUGCUGGUCAGGCUGAGGGGGGGAUUGACAGGUACCAGCUGCUCAUAGCGGGGGAUUUGAUUGGG